UUAGGAUAUCAUAUUGGUAAGGUGAAUCUAAGGUAUGUUCAUUGUUUGCACACGAUUUAAAGCCAAUGUUUGAAGUCUGUUUAAUGAAGUUUUCUAUGAUGUUUUGAAGGCAAGAAGUUUCAGGUCGCUAAGUGCUACAAGCAAACUUUCUUGACUUUGAGAGCAGUGUAAUUAAUACACAAUGUACCAGCUAUCACUCAGGGCAUCAAAUACCUAGUCUGGGUGUCCUCCUUAUUUAAUAGUUUGCCAGGGCUCCCAUACCCCAUUUGAUAUACUAACAGGUUCAAUAGUUGCCUUGUUAGUUUACUGGGGCUUCAAUGCUCCCCCCUUAGCAACUGGCCAUGGUUGCUAAGGGGAAGUUUAGGAGUGCCGGAAGACGGCAGAUGUUAUCCUGACUGCAAAAUAUGUUCUGCAAUUUGCAGCAGAAAAGAAAUCAAAACAUACAAAUAGUUGCAGGCUACAAAAAAAAUUAUAAUACUGCCCAGAGGAAUUUGUCCUUCUAACUGGAAAUCCAUUCAGAUAGUAUUUUUGAUAGCCAAGUAGCAGCCCUGGGUGCAAAUUUUGAAAUAGAUUUAAAGGUGACAACUUCUGUGAUACAUGGAAGGAAAGAUUCACAGGGACGAAGAUAACCUGUUAUUUGGUCACCAUAGCAACAGGAAGUCCUGAGAUUUAGGUCAGUAAACUCGUUAACAUGAAGGCUCACUAAUCUUCCUAAUGUGUUUUUAAUCGUGCUAAUUGUUAUGUACCUGUUCCAGGCUUGAGAACUCAAGAGAUAAAAUAUGGUGCCUUAAGGCCUGUGACGGUAAUAACAGAUUAUUUUGUGGUUUGGGGGAGUCAGGUAGGUCUGUAUGUUUACAGAGUUGGAUAUUUGAAAAAACUCUAUUCAUAUGCUAUUUAUGUAACACCCCAAGACAAUUCUUUAUCUAGAAUCUACAGAUAUUUUGGCUUUUUACAUGGACUGGAUAGAUCAAUGGAAAAAUUAUCUUGAGAAAUUUCUGAGACACAAUUUCCUUACCCGAGACGAUAAUGGUGAAAAAAGAACGAAAGUGAUAAUGAAUUUAUGAUUACCAAUUAGACAAUAACAGUAGGUUUAUGGAACUUAAAAACCUUAGAUUGAAGUCAUAUUUGCAUGCACAUUCUACAACACUGAGGUAUGAGUUUUCUCGUGGUAUUUAUUGAUUGAUAUUGAUUUGUAUGUAUUGGAAUGGCCCCUACUGAAGCAUCUCUUGUAAACUAGUCUAACUGGUAAUUGAAAUUUGCAUGUAAAGCAGCAAAGCUCCUAACCUGACCCUCCUCUUAUGUUUGAAAGUGGAAUAGCCUGGAGAAAUGUUGUACCAUGUUGUCAUGGUAACCUCCCAAACAGCCACAGGUGUAAUCCUUGAUCCAGGCAAACUGUCAUAAUGUUGUAUGAUAAAUUACUUUAGUUGCAUUCAUUAAAUCACUGUUUCUACUUUUGAAUGAUCACUGUACUUGUUGUUAUAGUCUUGAGAAAAGUUGUUAAAAACUUCCAAAAACAUAAACAUAUUCAAUUUCAUGUUUUUACAACUUGAAUAAACAAAUUUGCAAUGCCUGAUGUACAAUGGCUAUCUUUCAAAUCAGAAUAAAUUCCAAGGCAAGAUGUGUCUUUUGCCUGUCUCAGCAUUGCUAUGUACAACAUGCAUGCAGGCAGUUUUAUGAUCUACUUGUUAUUGAAUAAUCUCCUAGCUAUGGUAAAACUGAGUCUUUACUAUUUGACGUUUGGGUUCGUUGACAAGAAGGCUGAGUCUGUUCUUUUGAUCUCUUUGUACAAACACUACUAAUCUGAGUAGUUUAUGUUCAGAAGCACCUAUUAUUGACAAGUUUCCAUGGCUGCAGUAAAAGGCUUGUAGUACUUCCCUGGGUACUUCAUGCUUGGUUUAUAGGCAUGUAGUUGGCUAGGAGACAGGUCUGUACUGGAAUGGCAUCGCCUUGUUUUUGCCCCGAGCUGGUACAGAGUGACUUGUGUGUGGCACUUACAAGUCUAGCCUUAGGGGCAGAGACAACCCAAUCCUUCUGAGAAAGUGUUCGCCAUGAGUGGGGGUUACAGGACAGCUAUAAGGAGACCAUAUAUUCCCGCAGUGCCGAGAAAUACCCCCAGCACUCCAUUCAUCGGCAACACACAGACUGUUCUCCACCAGCCGGAUGCCUGGGAAGCCGGGGCACGGCGAGAACGCAUCCACACUGCCCCCUGUAGUGCGACUCGCCGAGUCCCCACGGCACGGACCAUGCCCGGCGCGGUGCGCAGCACCCCCACGGUCCCCAACCGGGUACCGACCAGUCACAACAUCAACGCUGAGACGUUCCGUAGACCACAGUGGAUACCAGCUUUGAAUGCAUGGGUACCUGAAAAUAAACAGAGAGAAAAAGAGUCUGCUUACAUCAACUUUGUGGGUGCUGUUAGCUUGCUGGAUAGGGGGAUCUAUCAUGAGGAGCCCAACUUAGAGGGAAGAGAACCACCACAACCAUGUCCAAGAUUUAUGACCCACAUGACGCAGUCUAUGCCCAUCGGACCCGUCAAUGCUGCUAAGUCUGUGAAGAGGAUAACCAGUAAGAGGUCGCCGACGAUUCCCAAGACUCCCUUUAAGGACCGUAGGAGAGAGGACCUGCUACCAAAAUCACUAACCAGGCCUCCUCAAAGAUAUGUGAGACAAAGUGUACCGCAUUAUGACGAUAGACAGGAGGUGAACGCUGAAGACAUACUUCUCUCCGUGCCUCGCUCCCCGCCACCUAGCGUACAGGACAGCGAAGUGGCAAGGGACGAGGAGCUAGAACGACAUGGAACCUUAAGUGACCCUCUGCACCGUCGAGAGGAGCUGGCAGACGUGGAGAGUCUAGGACAAACAGCAGGUGACCCAGAGGAUGAUGGGAUAUUCUCCAUGCUGAGUGGUUACCAUGGUGAUGUGGUGCAGCGCAGGGGUUCAGGUGUCAGUGGUGGUGCAGGUGCAGGUGUGAGCUCAGGUGGUAGUGACUCAGGUAGCAGUGAGGAGGAGGGGCUGCAGGUGGCAGCAGGUGUGGACACUACUGGUGGUGCAGGUGGAGGGAUGGGGGUGACAUCUGUUGGUGGGAGCGUCAAAGGGCUUGAGUUGUUACAUGCUGUCCUGAAGAACCUGCUAGGCUCCACCAGUGUGGAGGACAUAGACACAGAAGUGCUGAGGACGACCCUGGAUAAACACCUGGAGGAGUGCGGCACCUGCACACACCUGGUGCGACAGGUGGUGAGGAGCCAGCUGGGCCCUGUACCUGACAAUUACCUGCUGUCUGGACUAAUCAGCAUUCUGCCUCUCCUGUCCACAGGCAGGUCUAAGAAAGACAGGAAGGAGAGAAGACGAACUCCUACUACGUCAGUUGAGGCAACUGAAGAUAAAGCACCAAAGUCCAUAAUGAAGAAGACCAAGACACAGCCCAGAAGAGUCUCGGCCCCACGUGUGACCAUUGAGACAGAGCCCCAAUCCUCCAUAUCCCAGCAGACAGACACAGACGUGCCCACUGCUGUAGAGGACUACCCCAUAGAGGAGGAGAUCGAGUCUGUUUCUGAGGUCUCCACUAUUGAAGUCCCACAGCCCAAGCUUAUCCUGGAUAAUAAAGGUAAGAAGAAGGGAAGGGACCUGAAGUCAGAGCAUGCAUGCAGACAGAAGUCUCCCAAGGUGUCUGCAGUGUUCUCCUUACGGAGCCCCAAGCCGAGAGACACGACGUUACAGGACGAGCUGCGGAGGCAGCAGCUGGCAGAGGAGAGGAGGGCGAAGGCGGCACAGAUGUACGAGAAACUGAGGAAGAAACCGGCAGACCGAGGGGAUGAGAUGGACGAGGGGGAGAGGGACAGGGCACUACAGCAGGACUUUAAAGACUAUGGCUUCCUCUCAAAGUAUUGUAUCUUCAACAAGGACAAACUCAGGAUGUACCGCAAAGCCUUUGAUGCUGUUGAUGAAGACAAGGAUGGUUACCUGUCAGGACCGGAGGCUCUGAUGGCCCUGAAGGGUGUGGUGUACUCGGGCUCACUCAGUGAUGCAGAGGAAUACUAUGUUUACAGGAUACUGGAGUUAGCAGACUACAAAGUAACAGAGGGAGCAGACUUCAAGUUAUUUGCAGUGAUGUCUGCCCUGUCUCAAAGAAUAGCCUCCCUAGACAAUUUUAUGAAAGAUCUGAUCAGAAAGGUGGACUUUAAGUCUCUGGAGUACAAGAUGUUUCGUCUAAAGCAACUGUUCCUGUGUAAUGUGGACCCCUCGUCCAAUCGGAUUCCCCUGGAACAUCUCAUGUUGGAGCUGCAGGCAGGGGGGGUCAGCAUGGAGCACCAGAGGGAGGUCCGGGCGGAGUUGGCUCACCUGGACAACCUUGACCUUCUGGACUUCCUGGCUUACGUGCCACUCUUCACCAUGAUCCACCAGUCAGUAGUCAAUAAUCCUUUUGAUAACCAGUGGAAUAAAUAGCUACCAGUUAUAUGUAAGGUAAUUCCUCCAGGUAACAUGUAUCAGCCAUCCUGAGAAAAUAUGUCGGAAGAUAUCUGCAACACAAUGUCCCCCAGUUUAAUGCACUCCUGCAUAUCUUAAUUGUGCGUAUCUUCGGGGAUGCUGCACUAGAUAUAUCCCUCAGACACAGUUUCUUAAAGUGGCGGAUAUGUUAUUGGAGCUUACCUUGUUGUCGCUUCAAUGUACAUGUGUAAAGCCUCUCGUUUACAGGAUUUUAGCAAAGCAAGAGCAGAACUUUACUCAAUAACUGUCAAGGCUUUGGCGUUUAAAUGUGAAACUGAAAGUAGUAGCCUGUUUUCCUUGAAAAAUGUCUGUCGUACCUGUUGUGCAGCAUCUGUGAAAGGACUUACGGAGAAAUUUGGCCAAAUAUUCAAUUGUCAGGAUCAAGGACAUUUUCAGUAUAUCCAAAUAUUGAAUACCAUGGCACUGCUACUAUAUGUAAAAGUGUAUAUGUUGCAUGUGUGUUAUUACAAUGCAUAGUUGAACAUCAAUAUGACAAUAUAUCCAUAUCUUUCAUCAUCAAUCUAGCUCUGGACUCAUAUAUGUACUACUAGACAUCUUGGGGCACUAUUUACUGAUUUUGAUAGGGUUGAAUAUCUUGGCAUGCCUAUUCAUUUUCAAUGCAAUCCAAUCUAUUCUAUCGGGUUGCUUGAAUGUUUAUUAUGAAUCCAUUUAUCAUCUUUUAUACAGCAUACUGAGGAUAAAUAUCUGGUCAUGACAUCAGCAACCUUGUUUUCUUCCUCUUACUCAAUGGAAAAAGGUUAAAUUUACUUCAUGGAAAAAUGUGAGAAAUGUUUUUAGCUGUAAAUAUUUUGCAAUACUUCAGGAUGUCAAGUUUACAGCAAAGUGCAUGAAUGGGAACAUUGUUUAUAAAACUACAUUUUGUAUAUAAUUGUCGUUUGUAACUGUUACAGUGAAAGUCUCUGGCCAUGCAGAAUAUGUUGCAUGUUAAAGUUGGUCUUGUAUAUUCUAUAUCAGAGAAACAUGACAUUGUAUAUCAAGCUGUAUUGGGAAAAAGAUUAUCAUUAGCUUAUUGUGUAACAACUAACAUGACAACAAUAAACAGUGAAAAAAUGUUGUAUUA